CUGAAUUCAGCCAAUGGGAGCGCUGCGUUUUCAUAUCCGGGUAGCGCUAUAAACUUCAAGGCCUAACUACACGAUUUGCGAGUGGCGACGUUCAUUAUCAGCAUCUAAAGUUACCAUGGCCGAAAACGAUGUUGACAAUGAGCUGUUGGACUACGAGGAGGAUGAGGAGCCACAGACCGCCGCAGACAGUGCUGCCCCCACCGGCAAGAAGGAGGUUAAGGGCUCCUACGUCUCCAUUCACAGCUCUGGAUUCCGUGAUUUCCUCCUAAAACCAGAGCUGCUUCGUGCUAUUGUUGACUGUGGUUUUGAACAUCCUUCUGAGGUCCAACAUGAGUGCAUUCCACAAGCCAUCUUGGGUAUGGACAUCCUGUGCCAGGCCAAGUCUGGUAUGGGAAAAACGGCUGUAUUCGUGCUUGCAACACUCCAACAAAUCGAGCCAGUGGAUGGGCAGGUUUCUGUGUUGGUUAUGUGCCACACACGUGAACUGGCCUUUCAGAUCAGUAAAGAGUAUGAGCGUUUCUCCAAGUACAUGUCCAACGUUAAGUGUGCUGUCUUCUUUGGUGGGUUGUCCAUAAAGAACGACGAAGACGUGUUGAAGAAGAACUGCCCUCACAUCGUGGUGGGAACACCAGGCAGGAUCCUCGCCCUCAUUCGCAACAAGACACUUAACCUCAAAAAUGUCAAGCACUUUGUUUUGGAUGAGUGUGACAAGAUGUUGGAGCAGCUGGAUAUGAGACGGGAUGUCCAGGAUAUCUUCAGACUGACCCCCCACGAGAAGCAAUGCAUGAUGUUCAGCGCCACACUAAGCAAAGAGAUCCGGCCGGUCUGUCGCAAGUUCAUGCAAGAUCCAAUGGAGGUGUUUGUUGAUGAUGAGACCAAGCUGACCCUACAUGGUCUUCAGCAAUACUACGUCAAACUGAAGGACAGUGAGAAGAACCGCAAACUGUUUGACCUACUUGACGUUCUUGAGUUCAAUCAGGUGGUGAUAUUUGUGAAGUCAGUUCCCCGUUGUGUAGCUCUGUCUCAGCUGUUGGUUGAACAGAAUUUCCCUGCCAUCGCUAUCCAUAGAGGCAUGGCUCAGGAAGAGAGAUUGUCUCGGUAUCAACAGUUUAAAGACUUCCAAAGGAGAAUUCUGGUGGCUACAAAUCUGUUUGGUCGUGGGAUGGAUAUUGAGCGUGUUAACAUUGUUUUUAACUAUGACAUGCCUGAGGACUCCGACACAUAUUUGCAUAGGGUGGCUCGUGCUGGUAGGUUUGGCACAAAAGGAUUAGCUGUAACCUUUGUGUCGGAUGAAACCGAUGCAAAAACCCUGAAUGACGUACAGGACCGAUUUGAAGUCAACGUAGCGGAGUUGCCUGAGGAGAUUGACAUCUCCACUUACAUUGAGCAGUCGAGAUGAGCAGUAUGUGAAAUGGCUGUCAUCCAGUUCUCCCUGUGUGUCUCAGUGUUGUUUCUGCGACAGUGGAAGAGAGAACUGUCCUUUUAUUUUAAGAAGAUAUUGCCUAUUCACCCCUCUUCUCCAUUUGUGCAACUAUUUUAUUGAUCCAGAGGAUUGGUGUGGGUGUGUUUUUACUUUUGUUAAUUUUGGUUGUUUGUCGGUUGGUUUGAGAAUUAAACAUUUUAUACUA